AUGCCCCCCUUCACCAACAUCCCCCUCUCCCCCGCCGAGCUCUCCUACCUGCACACCUCCCUCUCGCAAACCCCACCUCUGCGCCCGGACGGCCGCUCGCCCACGGACUUCCGCCCGCUGGUCGCCGAGACGGAUAUCCUGCCUUCGGCGAAUGGGAGCGCGCGCAUUUGUUUUGCGGAUGGGACGGAGGCGGUUGUGGGGGUGAAGGCGGAGGUGGAGAGGAGUUUGGGAUUGGGAGUGGAGGCUGGGGAUGGGGAUGUUGAUAUGGAUGAAGAGGAUGGUGGUGGUGUUGGUUUGGGGGAACGAGGGAAGAAGAGUCGUGGACGCGGGGAGUGGUUGGAGGUUGCGAUUGAGAUUCCUGGCGUGCGGGACGAUGAUGCGCUUCCUGUUUUUCUGUCUGCUAUGCUGUCUGAAGCUCUGCUUGCGGACGGCGGGUUGAAGGAGAGGCUGUGGAUCAAUGCGCGCUUUCACUGGAGGUUAUACGUUGAUGUCUUUCUCCUCUCAUCGCCGCUCUCCUACCCGCUACCCCUGCUGUCCCUGACCACCCACCUCGCCCUCCUCUCCACGCGCUUGCCAGCUCUCAUCUCGGAAAAAGACGAAGACCCUCUCUUCAACGACGACUGGGAAGCCUCACUCUACCUCUACCCUCGCGCGAGCGAGCCAGCAGCACAAACGCUGAAACCCCCCUUCACCCUGCUCGUCAUGAGCGUAGGCGAAAACAUCAUCUUCGACCCGAGCAGAGAGGAGCUGUCCGUCGCCGAAUCCGUCCUAGCAAUCAGCGCUUCCCCCUCCACCUCCAUCUCCAACAGCAACAACAACAAUACACUGAACAUGGUCGCGCUCCGCACCAUCGACCCGCCAUCGCGCCUCACCGGCUCCGCCGUACCAAACAGCAUCACAGCAGGCGGACCCUCACUCACGUCUGCGGAAAUCUUGGCUCUGCGCGAGAAGGAUCAAGGACAGAGUGUAUGGCGGCCGCCGAGGGGAGGGAUUCCCCGCGCGCUCGUGUCGAAGAUGAUUAAGAUGGUGGUGGAGAAGGGGGGAGUAGGGGAGGAGGUGCUUGCGGCGCUUGCUGGGGUUGGGACUUGA